GGUUGGUGGUGAGUUUACGGCGGCUUGGUUGCCACCACUCCCACAGUCUCUUCCUUCAUCUAACAUUCUCAUCCGUUACGAAACUUGAAAACUGAAAAGGGUGAUUUUCGAUCAUUUCAUAAAGAACUCGAUCAAUUUAUCUUCAUCAAAAUGUGAAACAUAAUUUCUUGCUUUUACCUAUUUUUGGCAAGGGGGUAAGGAAGGUUUCAUUUGAUGGAUCGAUCAUCUAUGUCUGUCUCAUACUUUAUGACUACCAUUAUAUUAGCAGAAAGUUUCUUGACAAAUUGAUUUCAAUUUCAAACACAUGGAACAUUCACCAUCACUUCCGGGGCCUCCCAUGAAAGAAAGAAAAAAGUGUAGCAGACCUGACCUAGUAUAAUUCCUCUUUCAAUAAGAAAAUCAAACGAAAUGAGAGCACUAAGAUUCGGUUAUGGUGUUGCUGUUACAACAUUAACGAAAAAACUCAGAUACCCAUCACUGUACACCACUCGUUUUCUCCUUUUGAAUCACAAUUACGAUUAUCGAUGUCGUAACCCACACAAAAGCUUGAAUCUUUCCUCGAAAAAUCCCCAAAUAUUCAAUCGUUUGUUUUGUAGUUUCAGGUCAUAUUCCUCUUCGGGGCCACCAGACCCACCUUCGAUCAGCGGAAUCGAUCCCAAUUCUGUUGCCUCCACUGUAUCUUGCCCUAAUUCUCAACGUCUUCAAGAUGACGAUGUGUCCGCCAUUGACGCCGGUUCUUCCUUGCGCAAGCCUGUCUGUAUGUGGCCUGGUAUGUAUCAUUCACCGGCCACAAAUGCUCUUUGGCAAGCGAGAUCCAUUUUCGACACCCCUUCUUCGGAUGUCGACUCCAUUACUGAAAAAACUCCAUCGCACAGCCGGACUACCAUUCUUUACCCUUUUUCUUCCGAUUACAUUCUCAGAGAACAGUACAGGAAUCCAUGGAACGGAAUUCGUGCGGGGAAAUUGCUUGAAGACCUUGAUGCUCUCGCGGGUACCAUCUCCUUCAAACACUGCUUCAAUAAUGCAGGCAUGGCGGAUUCCUUGUUGCUAGUGACUGCUUCUGUGGACAAAAUGGUUAUCAAAAAGCCGAUUCUUGUUGACAUUGAUUUGAAAAUAGUUGGAGCUGUUACUUGGGUUGGUCGUUCUUCCAUGGAGAUUCAGUUAGAAGUCCUUCAACCCACUGAAGAAACAUCCGAUCCUCUAGACUCGCAAGCUUUAGUCGCCAACUUCACUUUUGUGGCGCGUGAUUCCAAAACUGGAAAAUCAGCAAUAAUCAAUCAAAUCACACCCGAGACUGAAAGGGAGAAAUCCCUAUGGAAAGAAGCAGAAGAGAGGAACAAAUUAAGGAAAAAGAGAAGACAAGAAAAGAAGAAGGAGAUUGAAAACGAAAAGGAAGCAGAGAGGCUGAAUGCAUUGUUGGCUGAAGGACGUGUGUUCAUUGACAUGCCAGCUUUGGCUGAUAGAGAUAGUAUUCUUAUAAAGGACACGUGUCUACAAAACUCAUUGGUAUGUCAGCCACAACAAAGGAACACCCAUGGAAGAAUUUUUGGAGGGUUUUUGAUGCGUAGAGCUUUUGAGCUUGCUUUUGCAACCGCUUAUACUUUUGCUGGAAGUGCACCACUCUUUCUUGAGGUUGAUCAUGUUGAUUUCUUGAAACCUGUGGACGUUGGAAAUUUUUUGCGAUUGAAGUCAUGUGUUUUGUUCACAGAACUUGAGAAUCCGGACAAACCGUUGAUCAAUGUGGAAGUGGUUGCUCAUGUGACAAGGCCCGAGUUUAGAUCUGCUGAGGUAUCCAACAAGUUCUACUUCACAUUUACAACUUCUUCAGAUGCCAUGAGAAAUGGUAGGAUUCGUAGUGUUGUUCCAGCUACAGAGGAGGAGGCGCGUCGCAUUAUUGAGCGCAUGGAUGCUGAGAAACAAAUGUAAUUACAGUUUCUUGGAAAUUAAUCAUGUAAAUGACAUUCAAUUGCUAAAUGAGAAUGCAAUUUGUUGAUUUGCAAGAAA